AUGAAGCGUACACUGCCCGGGGCGGCGGCGGCCGUGCCUGCCCUCCCGCUGGGUCCAAGCGCCGGCCAAAUGCCUCAGAUUGGCUUUGGCACGUGGGGUUUGCAGCCGCAGGAGGUCUCGACGGCAAUCCGUGCCGCCGUUGCCGCCGGCUAUCGCAGCUUUGACUGCGCACCCGUCUACCAAAACGAGCGGCAGGUGGGAGAGACCUUGUCCGCUCUGAUAGCCGAGGGCGUCGUGACUCGCUCGGAGCUCUUCAUCACAUCCAAGGUGCCGCCUGCUGAUGCCUGCAGUCAGCACCGAACGGAGAGGGCCCUGCGGCAGUCGCUCCACGACCUGCGGACAGGGUACGUCGACCUGUACCUCAUCCACUGGCCCUUUUGCGUGCGGAGCCCAGAGCCCGGCCGGCCACGCCCGUGGCCUCUUCCACUGGAGGACCAGCUUGGCUACUCGGCGGAGCAGCUUCGGGAGGAGUGGAGGACCAUCGAGGCCUUGGUCGCCACGCGCGCCGUGCGCCACGCCGGGCUGGCCAACAUCGGCGAGCGACGUCUGGCGAAAUUCCUCGCGUCGCCCGACCUCGCCGUCCGACCGGCGGUGGUGGAGCUGCACCCGUACAACCAGAUGAGGGCCCUCCGCGCGCUCUGCGCGUCGCACGGCAUCGCGGUGACCGCGUACUCGUCGCUCGGCUCGCCCGCGCGGCCAGCAAAGUACCAGGUGCAGGCAGACGCACACCCGCUCCUCCUCGCCGACCCAGCGAUCACGCAGGUCGCAACCGCCCACGGCGCGUCUGCCGCCGCGGUCGCGCUGGGUUGGGCGAUGAGACGCGGCGUGGCGCUUAUCCCGAAGAGCGCGCACCGGGAGCGGAUCGCCUCAAACCUCGCCGGGACCCUCGCCCUCGCGCCGUCUCUCUCGCCGGGCGACCUCGCCGCCAUCGACGCGCUCGAGCGAGGCCACCAUUACCUCGCGGCGGGCUGGCGGGGCUACGCGUGGAAGCGAGGCCAGUCCCUUCAGGAGCUCCUCGACGACGCGCCGCCGCCGCUGCCGCCGGUUGGGCUCGGCGCGGCCUUGCUGCUCCUGGCCUGCUGCUGCGCACUGGUCGUCUGCAAGGCGAGGCGGCACGCGGUGUCGCGGGACGCGGCGCACGAGGUCGUGCGCCGGCUGUCUUUCGGGGGCAUGCCGCCGAUAUAA